CUUCUGGAGGAAGCUCUGUGGUUGCCAUGGGAGCGACUCGGGUUGCUGGCCUGGUAGUGGUCCCAGCCCGGUGAGGACCCAGCAGGAGCAGUCUGUAGAGAAAGCCUAGCCACAACCUUCCUCUUCGGCGGUCGGACCUGCGGGGCGAGCUGGGUAAGGGGUACCCGGCCCUGCAGCUGCAGGCCAACCGAAGGACGGCGGAUCCCAUCUGCAGAAGACCCAGCUCCAGCGUCUAUGGAUGCCCUCCAGGAACAGUACAGUCAGCUUUGUUCAGAAAAUGUACGGAAAACUAAUCCUUAUAUACUGCACAUACUCCAAAAAGUGGAUGAAGAAAUUAAAAAGGGACCAGAAGGAGGAAUCACAUUAAAUGUUGCUGGUAACAAUCACUUAGUCCCAGUACAAAAAGUAACAGGUGAAGAUUUUUGGCUUCUUACCAAAGUUUUAAAGAACCAUUCACGUAUCCAUGGUCUGGAUGUGAGGUAUAACAGCAUAAGUGAUGUUGGUGCCUACUACGCUUCGAAACUGCUUCAGAAACAGCCAAAUAUCACUUACUUAAACCUUAUGUUUAAUGAUAUUGGACCUGAAGGUGGAGAAUUGAUUGCUAAAGCACUGCAUAAAAACAAAACUCUCAAAUACUUGAGAAUGACUGGAAAUAAGAUUGAAAAUGCAGGCGGCAUGGUUUUUGCUGCAAUGCUGCAGAUAAACUCAUCCCUGGAGAAACUGGAUCUGGGCGACUGUGACCUGGGACUGCAAAGUGUGAUAGCAUUUUCUACAGUACUGACUCAAAACCAAGCAAUCAAGGGGAUAAACCUGAACCGACCUAUACUGUAUGGAGAACAGGAAGAGUCUACAGUUCACAUGGGCCACAUGUUGAAAGAAAAUCACACCCUUGUUGAACUGCAUAUGUGUAAACAUGGCAUAAAAAAUUUUGGUAUGCAACAGCUGUGCAACGCGCUGUUUCUGAACAGCAGCCUACGCUACCUCGAUGUCAGCUGCAAUAAAAUAACUCGUGAUGGAAUGGUGUAUUUGGCUGAUGUACUGAAAAGCAAUACUACCCUGGAAGUAAUAGAUCUUUCUUUUAACAGAAUAGAAAAUGCAGGCGCAAAGUACCUCAGUGAAACUCUAACUUCCCACAACAGGAGUCUUAAAGCAUUGUCUGUAGUCAGCAACAAGAUAGAAGGAGAAGGGCUUGUUGCUCUUUCACAGUCAAUGAAAACAAACCUCCUGUUAUCUAAUAUCUACAUUUGGGGGAACAAAUUUGACGAUGCUACAUGUGUGGCAUAUUCAGAUUUGAUGAAGAGUGGCCGGCUAAAGCCAGAUAACACUGAUGUGGAACCAUAUGUGGUGGAUGGACAUGUCUACCUUGCAGAAGUCUCCAAUGGCCUUAAAAGGCAUUAUUACUGGACGCCAACUUACGGAGAGGCUUAUGACCACGCAUCUACUGCAGGCUUUGCUCUUGUUCCAGUCGGCCAACAUCUAUAAGAAACAAGCUCCAAUAGUUUUCACACAUUUGUCUCAUCAUUUUUAGAGACUAAUAUUUUAUAGUCUAUUUUUUUUUCCUUUAUAAAUUAGAACAAGUUUUUUUUUUAAAUCAAAUUUGUUAAAACUUUGUGUACUUGCCCCUUGUUGAGAAAAAAAUGAUUCUUAAUAUAGACUACACUGUCAACCCUGAAGAAACCAUGGGACCACUCUAAUUCUUUCUAUAAUGAAAAACAAGUAACAAACACAAAAACCACAGACAGUGGAGUAAUAAGCAAAGGUCACAACAGACAUCUUAACCAAAUGGUAUAGUAGAAAGGAUGCAGCUGGGAAAUUUCCCGAGGAUUUCAGAUUUCCAAGUUUAAAGUUCAAAAGUAUUCCACAUAAGACUUUUACGCAUUGCAGACAGGUGUUAGUACCAAUAGCACAAAAAAAUAAAAAGUUUUCUUGCAUA